AUGAAAUCUCUUGGUGAAAGAGAUUAUGCAGCUCAAGAGACAAUGCAUCAUUUGUUGUCUUUAAAGCUUCACAGCUCAUCCUUUAAAGUGAUGCCAGUUAGUCUAAAUGGUUCACGUAGAGUGUGUGAUACUGCAAGUAUUGAUGAGGGCGAAUCGUGCACUGAUUAUUCACUUCUUGAUGUGUAUGCUAAUCGUGAACAAUAUGAGAGUUCACAAAAUAUAACAAAUAUGAACUUUGUUCAAUUUGCUACAACAUACAAAGUUGUUAACAAUGAACUGACAAAAUUGCCAGAGAAUGUUAUACCGCGAAUAUUUCCAACAUAUUCUCCUAAUCCCAAAGGUCCAAAUUUUGGCCUAUAUUGUAAAUAUCAACUUUUGAGGUAUAAACCCUGGAGAACAACCCAAAAUAAUGCAUGGGGUGACCAAGAACCAACUGACGAGGUUCUGAUCAAUUGUUGGCAUGAAUUUUUACAAACACCUUAUGGGCAGUCUAAUGUCCCAGACUGGUUUGAUAAAUUACAAGCUGUCAUUCAAACUCAAGAACCAGAAGAUGAACCUUCUGAAGAACAGGAGACAACUCGAGAAGAGUGGAUGAUAUUAUCAGAUCUCAACACUCCUUUUGACAACUCUGAACAAACACCAGAGUCCACAUAUGACUGGCAUCUUGACAGAGCCAAUUAUUCAGAACAACAAAUCCAAGAAAUGCCAACAUGGAUAAAAACAAACAAAGAGGAAUACACUAUUGAUGAGCAAUAUGAUGUUGUUGACAUCAACAGUUUUAGUGAAAUGCAAAAACUUGCUUAUAAUGUUGUUAAGUCUCAUUUUGAUGAUACAUCAUCCGAGAAAGCGCCAUUGUGUCUUAUUAUAAAUGGUGUUGCAGGAACUGGUAAAAGUUACCUUAUUAAUGCUAUUAGAAAUCUUUUGCAAAGUAAAUGUGCUGUUGCUGCUACCACAGGUAAAGCAGCUUUUAACAUUAGAGGUGUAACUGUGCAUUCUCUAUUAAAGUUACCUAUAGGAUCAAGAGGUAAUAAAGACCUAACAGGACAAAGCUUGUGUAGGUUGCAAGAGAGUGUUAAUAACAUUGGAUACAUCAUUAUUGAUGAAUACUCCAUGCUUGGCCAGGUUACUUUUGGUUGGAUAGACAAGCGUUGCAAACAAGCAACUGGUUCUAAUGACAAAGUAUUUGGAGGAAAAUCGUUGAUUUUAACUGGUGAUCCAGGUCAAUUGCCACCAGUAGCAGAUAAGCCUCUUUACCAUGCUAGACCAUCAAAUGCUGUUGGUGAACAAGGUCAUCAAGCAUAUCAUAUGUUUGACAAUGUUGUUAAACUCACUGUAAAUCAACGUGUGCAAGGUAUGACAUCUGAGCAAGUACAGUUCAGAGAUUUGUUAUUACGACUUCGUAAAGGCGACUCAACAGUUGAUGACUGGAAGUUACUUCUGACACGUCAACCAUCAAAUGUCACUAAUUUAUGUGAUUUUGAAGAUUCUACUAGACUCUUUUAUGGUAAUGAACAAGUUAGUAAUUACAACCAUGAGCAGCUAACAAAACUGGAGCAUCCAAUUGCUCAUAUUAAUGCUCGCCAUUCAUCAGCAUUUGCCAAAAAGAUAUCCUCAGAUGAUAUGUCUGGGUUAGAACCUGUUGUGUUUCUAGCAAAAGGUGCUAGGGUUAUGUUAACCAUGAAUUUGUGGUCAAGUGUUGGCCUCUGCAAUGGGGCUACUGGGAACAGUUGUUGA